AGAGAGAGAGAGAGAGAUGGAGAGGGAACCACUGGAGGAUGCUUUGCUGGGGAGAAAGAGAGAGCGGGACUUAGAGGAGAUCAAGAGCGUGAGGCAGUUCAUGGAGCAUGUGUGGGAGGAGAAGAAGAAGCUGUGGUACUUGGCGGGGCCGGCCAUCUUCACGUCCCUCGCCCAGUACUCCCUGGGCGCCGUCACCCAGAUCUUCGCCGGCCACCUCACCACCCUCGAGCUCGACGCCGUCUCCACCGAGAACAUGGUCAUCGCCGGCCUCGCCUUCGGCAUCAUGCUGGGCAUGGGAAGUGCCCUGGAGACACUGUGCGGCCAGGCGUUUGGUGCAAAGCAGCUCCACAUGUUGGGGAUCUACAUGCAGCGGUCAUGGGUCAUCCUCACGGCGAUGUGCAUCUGCCUACUGCCCAUCUACCUCUUUGCCACCCACAUCCUCCUUUUAUUCCACCAGGAUGCAGAGAUCGCAGUGCUUGCAGGGAGAUUCUCCCUCUACAUGAUCCCUCAGUUAUUUGCCUAUGGACUCAACUUCCCCAUCCAGAAGUUCCUCCAAGCGCAGAGCAAGGUGAUGACCAUGGCGGUCGUUUCAGCAGUGGCGUUGCUGUUCCACUUGUUCCUCAGCUGGCUUCUCAUAGUCCAAUUCAAGCUUGGUCUUGUGGGUGCUGCAACUUCGCUUAAUGCAGCUUGGUGGGUCGUCGUUGUCGGGCAGUUCAUAUACGUAGCUUGGGGAUACUGCCCCGGUGCUUGGAAUGGCUUCAGCUGGGGAGCUUUUAGGGACUUGGGUGCCUUUGCGAGGCUCUCUAUUGCUUCUGCAAUUAUGAUGUGCCUGGAGUUCUGGUUCUACAUGUUCCUCAUCGUGUUGGCAGGCAACCUGAGGAAUGCUCAGGUAGCAGUGGCUGCUAUAUCAAUAUGCAUAAACUUGUACGGGUGGGAGAUGAUGGUGUUCUUCGGCUUCAAUGCCGCCAUCAGCGUGAGGAUAUCGAACGAGCUUGGAGCAGGCAGGCCGAGAGCGGCUAAGUUCUCGAUCCUGGUGGUCAUCAUGUCCUCCCUCGUGUUCGGCCUCGUCUUCUUUUCCCUGGUCUUGGUUCUCCAGGACGUUUACGGGGUUCCCUUCACCAACAGCCCUGACGUAGUUGCUGCAGUCACUGACCUCGCGGUGGUCUUCUCAUUCACACUCCUCCUCAGCAGCGUCCAACCAGUUCUAACAGGUGUGGCAGUAGGAGCUGGAUGGCAGACAUUGGUGGCUUAUAUCAAUUUGGGAUGUUAUUAUCUGGUGGGCAUUCCAGUAGGCUGCCUGUUGGCGUAUUAUUUUGAUCUAGGAGUGAAGGGUAUGUGGAGUGGCAUGCUAACAGGCGUAGGAUUACAGACCUUGGUACUUAUUGGGGUUACUGUAGGCACAAACUGGGACAAGGAGGCAAUGGAAGCAGAAUCUCGAAUAAAGAAGUGGGGAGGGUCUGUGGAUGAACCAACAAACAAAGAUUGAUUAAUUAGGAGAAAGAUUAAAUGUAGAAUGUCCACAAGGAAUGUGAAUGCUUGCAUAAAGAGAGUGUGGCUGGAUCAAGUUCCUAUAUUGUUUAUCACUCUUUGAACUACUUGCUUUUAUGGUACGUAAAAAUCUCAUGGUCUUACCAAAGAGAAAUAAACAUGAACAUAUUGCAUUUUCUAAGGAUAUUGGGAUCAUUUUUGAGCUCCAAUGCCUUGGGAGCUUCCUGUAUUACUAUGCAAAUUCUUUUAUUACGAGGAAGCCACAGCAUAUAUAUCCAUCCCUUUGAAGCCAGUAGUUUUCAUAUCUAUUCUUCUAUAUUUAUGUUUAGUAUAUAUAUCUCUCUUCAAAACCUAAUAAAUUGUGUUUACUGUUGUACUUAA